UCUGAGCGUCAUACUUGGUUGGAGUCAGAAGUCGCCAUGACCAAAAUGCUACACGGACAUGUUGUUCCCAAAUCUUGCCUGUUAUGUCUAAAGGAUUCUGUGCACGCCUAUGAUGCACAUGAUGCUGUCUAGUUAGGCAACUCACUAGACUUUUAAACACACCCAUAGUGUUUGCGCUCAGAUGAGUUUUAGUGAAGGCGGAGAAGUGAGAGCAUAACGUCAGUGACUGUGUGGUCUUUGUGUUUAUAUUUGUUGAGUAAUUUGUUUUUAGUCUCAGACAAACCAAACUUUUUUUAUUUGAAAUGUAGCGUUUCGAGGAUUCGUAAUGGAAACCGCAGUAAAACUGGAGACUGGUGGUACUCUGCUCUCUCAUUCAGUAAUGAGAAGUCAGAUGCAUCCCUGAAACUUCUGGAGAGUCGGUGCUUCCAGAGAUGCCUCCGCAGGGAGGUGGAGAAUAUAAGGCUGUUCCUGGGACAGUUGUGCCGCCGGUACCCCCGAGAAGAUUGCGGAGCAGAGAUUUGAAAAGCCGCUUUGGGUCCGCAGCUGAGCGCAGGGUGAAAUGCGUCCUGGUCGGCGAUGGUGCAGUGGGUAAAACUAGUCUCAUUGUCAGCUAUACCACCAAUGGAUAUCCCACCGAAUAUGUGCCGACGGCUUUUGAUAACUUUGCAGCGGUUGUAGCUGUGGAUGGCAAGCCUGUGAAACUUCAACUCUGUGACACAGCCGGGCAGGAUGAAUUUGAUAAGCUCCGGCCGCUGUGCUACACCAAUGCUGACGUCUUCCUGCUUUGCUUCAGUGUGGUAAGUCCCUCCUCUUUCCAAAAUGUGAGGGAAAAGUGGGUGCCAGAGAUCCGUCGGCACUGCCCGAAGGCGCCGAUUCUGCUUGUUGGCACCCAAGCUGACCUCCGUCAAGAUGUCAAAGUGCUCAUCCAGCUAGCUACGUAUAAAGAGAGGCCAGUGGACCACCAAGAUGCCUGCUUGUGCGCAGAGGAAGUGCAGGCAGUCUCAUACAUGGAGUGCUCCGCGCUCACCCAAAAAAACCUAAAGGAGGUGUUUGACACGGCUAUAGUGGCCAGCAUUCAGUACUCUGACAGUCAGCAGCAGAAAAAGAGGCUGAAGAAGCGCACGCCUGACAAAAUGAGGAAGCUUUCCAAAUCCUGGUGGAAAAAGUACUGCUGUCUGGCCUAGAGGAGUGAAUCUGAUUGUGUGUGUAGAUGCUGUUUUAACUGGAACUGGCGUUUUUGGAAAUAAAUAAAUAAAUAACAAAUGCUCCUUUCUAGUGGAUUAACUGGAGCAGAAAUGGUUAUGAAACUUUGAAAUGGACAUUGUAGAAAAGAUGAGCAAUUUUUUAUGAAAUGGAAAGACUCAACCAGCCAACGUUAAGAUGUCAAUAACAAUAGAGGAUUGAGCUUCACUGUUCAUUCGAGGGUCUGUUCUUCAUUUGGAAAGUCCCAGCUUCACCUCAAAUGGUCACAUGAACAAUUCAAGGGCAAGAGUCAUCUGUCUUCACCUUAUCUUCUACUGAGGAGGGCUUCAAAGUGAACUCAUGAAUCACCACCAAACAUCUAUUUUAUAACUUUUGUCCUUUAUGAAAAGUUAAGAUCCUGUUGGCUAGUCUUAGCAAAACUGUAAUAUUUUGUUGGUGGUUUAACAUAUAUAACAACAUGAACAGGAUAAUUUGCUCUCAACAAGCCUGGGUUAUCUCCUUUGUCUCAGUGGAGAAGUGAUCAAGGUUUAAUCUGAGAUAGUCAAGUGUUCCAUCAUGUAUUUGUCAAAGCAUUAAGUGUGAGGUAGAAUACAAGCAGAUGUUUGGACACAUUAUCAACAUCACCGACAUUUGCCUUGUUGUGAUUUGAGAGUGAAUGAUUGUCCGUUUUAGAGACGGCACGAUGCUGGCACAUCUCACCAGACUCUGUUGUUUACAUUUGAAGUUAAAUCCAGACCCAAACAUGCUUUGAGGUCAGAGCCUCUGCGAGUGUAAGUCGACUUAGCAGGCCAGCUGGACUGUAUAUCUGGUCAUUGAACCUCGACCCAGCAAGCAAUAGCUGUCAUUUCACUGUCUAGGUUAUAGACUGGCUAUGAGUAACCGACUUAUAGCCAAUAUGAACUUGAAGUUGAUUACAUGCUGUUUUUGCCAAAAUUACUUGCAAGAUGUAUGAUAUUCCAUCAUGUAAGCAAAGUCAACAGUGAGGUGUUUGGUUUCA